AUGAAAUUAAACUAAAAAUUAUUAGAAAGACUAGAUGAAUCAUUAGCACAAAGUUUUGUUCAAAAAUAUCACGAAGAGAAAAAUAGAAAGGUUGCUCCAGAGGAAUUCAUCAGUGAUGAUUAUAAAGGAAAUUUUAGAGUAAGGCAAGUUGGAGAUAAACAAGAAAACUUAAAGAAAAGUAAACUUGAUGCUAUGUCUACUGCUACAUCUAAUUUUUAUAAAGAGACAGCUACACCAAAUUCAUCAAAGCCUCCUUCAUCAAUAAAUACAUCCAAAUUAUUAGAUUAAAGCAAGAUUUCUUAACUUAAAUAAACAAUAAUAUCAAACAGAAUUACAUCAGCUUAACCAACAAGACCUCUUAUGAUUAAAAAAAUAUAGAAAAACACAGAACAAUUAUAAUUUGAAUAAAAAGAAUAAAAAGAAUAAAAACCUCCAAUAUUUGCACUAAAAAGGUUAUCAUCUGCAAAAUAGUAGUAAUAAGAUGAAGAUAAAUCAAUUAUUUAAAAUUAGGAAUAAAGUCUUAAUAACUCUAUAGUUACUAAACCUUCAAUAUUAAGGAGAUCAUCAUUAACAUAAUAAGGAAAAAAAAUUGAAUUAAAAAAAGAAGAAGAAGUAGAAACAAAGAAAUUAUCUCUACCUAAAUAGUAGGAAUCUCAAAUCUCAGAACCAAUAUUUUAAUUAUAAAUAGCAAAAAGAAAAAUAGAUGAUAUGAUUUACGAUACAAUGGAUGUAGAUACUUUAUCAGAGAUAACUAAAAAAAAUGAAGUAUAUAAUAUAAUAAUUAUAUAUUUUUAGAGCUAAUUCGAUUAAAUUAAAUCCAUAUAAUUUAGAUUUAAUACUAUGAAUGAUUCUCUUUAUAUGCUAGGAGAGUAUUUAUAAAAUUUAUAAGAAUUAAAAUUAAAUCAUUCUCAAAUUGAAUCAUUGAGAUUACUAGGAACUAAGUUAAGAAAUUUAUAAAUACUUUGGAUUAGCAAUUCAAAAUUGACUGAUAUUUCAGGUAAAAUUAUUUAAAUUAAUUUUUAUUAGGAGUUAUGAGUAUGCCUAAUCUAGUUGAAUUUUAUUGUUCAUUUAAUAAUAUAAAAGAUAUAAGUCCUUUAGCUUUUCAUGAAAAGAUAUCAAUAUUAGAUAUUGAAGGUAAUGAAUUGGCUGAAGAGUCUUAAAUUGAUUAUUUAGAAUCUUUAAAUCUACAAUAAUUAAUCAUAAGUUCAAAUCCAUUAAUCAAAGAGGAUUAUUUAAGAGAAAAACUAUAUGAAAAAUUACCAGCAACUGAAAUAUAUAUUGAUGAUAAUGAUAUACCAACAGAAUCUUAAUUUAUUUCAGAAACAAAUCAAAUUUAAUAACUUUAUGAUAUUGCUUAAAUGAUGGAUUCAAAAUUUGAUGUAUUUUAAUUAAAUUGUCUUAAAGCUUGUAAAAGUAGAAGAAUUGAAAGAUCUUGAAGAGAAAGUCAAAUCUUAGUUAGAAAAAGAACUUCUAGAAGAACCAGAUGAAAAUAGGUUGUUGAGUUUAUCUAUAAAAUAAAAACCUUUAGAAAAAUCAAAAUUAAAACGACCACAAACAGCAUAAGUUUAAUAUAAUUAUACUGUAAGAAUCUAUCAAUAUUUAAAUAAGCCUGAUCCAACAUCAGAAUUAGUUGGACUUGAUGAAGCUUUUGCAGGAAAUCCAUUAAAAGCAGCCAGAAAACAUAAGUAAAAUAAAGAAUAAAUUUUCGAUCCUACUGAUAGAAAAAGUAUUGACAUAUAAACUUUAUUAAAUAAGUUCAAAUGAG